UUAUCCUUUGCGUUUUCUUAUUUUCUUACCGAAAGUUAAUUGCUUUAAUGUCAACAAGGUUAUGGUUUCACAUGUUUAUGUUGUGUAUGUGCAUGUGUGUUUAUUUAUCUCUCUUAUUAUAGAAGCCGAGAAAUUGAACUUUUUGCAUUUCUUUAAUAUGUGAAAAUAGGCACUUUUAAUUACCAAUACUUCAUACAUAACACAAACAAACAUAAAUAUAUUUUAAGUGAACUGUUUAAUUUGUCAAAAUGAAAGUCGCGACAGUUAUGAGUUCUCGAUAGAUGACUAAUUCUUGACAAAUCAAUUACGUGACUCAAUUGUCGAGAUGAACUUCAUUCUCGACCGUCAGUUUUCAGUUAUGCUCGACAGAUAAUAAAAUCUCGACAAAUCAAUUUAGUCAUCUGUUGAUAUGAACUAUUGCUCUCGAUAGUUAAAGUCAGUAUUUUUCAACUGAUGACUACUUUUUGAUAGAUCAAUUUUGCAGUCAUCUGUUGACAUGUUCAAUUUUGGUUCAUCCAAAUAUUAUAUGUGUGUUUUGUGUUAACAUGUACGAAUCAUUAUAAUCUGACAUUUUUUGCAUUUUUGUUGUACGUUAUUCUUGCAGAUGAAUUUUGAAUUCCUAGUUCCCAAGUGCGCCUUUAAUUCUCAAAAGAGCAAUUUCAAGUUCAUGGAAAUUGUAUUGGAGAAUUUUGAUAAUCGAUAGCGGGAAGAUUUCUAAAACUUAUGCCUUAGGUUCCUGGCCAAGUUACCUGACAUGCAAUUCUCAACCCAAUCAUAUAGUUUUUGAGAAUUCUUAGCCAAUGCUUUUAUGGCACGAAUUUUAUUUGUUUUAGAGGAUUGGUUUGUUUUUGUACAUAUUUGUUGAUUUGUUUGACUAGCAGAAAAUAAAAUUAGAUUGUUUGAUUGAAUUCUGAUUAUAAGAAGUUUAAAUAUCAAAAUACCUUAGGACGAUUGCUCUUCUUGCUCUAAAAUAUGUAACCUUUAUUUUCACAUUUAGUAGACAUAUCAUAAGUAAAGGAAAUAAUAUUAAUAAAACUACUUAAAUCAUGUUCUUUCAUUUGAAUGUUCCCUAAUAGUAAAUGACAUGUUCUUCAGGCAAGUGCUACAUUUACGAUAAAAAAGUACUCAUAAUAAUUGAUUACCAACAACUACAAAAGGAAAAUCUACGCAACAUGUGUGCAUAUUGUUGAAUUUACAGAUCAUGAAGAUUGUAGGUUCUGGAUGGAGCGGUGAUGGGGGAGCAGCUGAGGCUAGAGCUGCUGUGGGGUUGGACAAUCCGGCUCCGAGGUUACAGCGGCCGCAGCUUGUUUGGACUCCACAGCUGCAUAAGAGAUUUUUUGAUGCUGUAGCUCAUUUGGGGAUAAAAAAUGCUGUGCCCAGGACUAUAUUGCAGCUGAUGAGCGUGGAUGGACUUACCAGAGAGAAUGUUGCUAGCCAUUUGACGAAAUACAGGCUUUAUUUGAAGCGGCUGCAGGUAAUUUCCGGUAAUUGGAGAGGAGAUGUUGGUGUGGAUAAUGUUAGUGUGGAUCCUACUAAUCAUUUGAUGGCAACCUUGCCUGCUCCAGGGCAUUUCUCGAAUCCACGCUGGCCAUAUUCCAAUCAUAUUUUGCCCUUUAUGCCGGUGGCAGCAAUGCAGCAGCAGCAGCAUCAUCGAAUGACGACAGUGGUUGGGCCACGGGUGGAGCUGGAGCUGGGGCUGGGGCCGGGGCCGGAGCCAGAGCCGAGCCACUAUCCACAGCUGCAGCAGCAGUUUAGGAAUUUUGGGAGCUUACCGCCAAACGAGCAUCAGUUUAUGAGGCAGUCGCACCAGCAAGUGCAGAGCGUGGGGGUGCCGGUUCAUAGUAGUACUGGUUCAGUGGUGUCUCCAUUGUCUGUUGAGGAUUCGGAGUUGCCUGGGAGGGGAGUCCUCAUCACCCUGUUUCCGCCUAGGGACGCUUCAAGUUGAGAUGUGUUUUUGCUGUAAUACAGGGAAAAUGACCGCAUCCAGAUGUACGGGAUCAUCUUUGAACCAAAACCAAAACCCAGUUGAAGAAUAACCCAUGGUUGCUAGAGAAAGUAUCAGAAAUCUGCUUAGAUGAUGGCCUAAAUAAACCCAAGGGCAGAACAUCGAGCCCCUGUUUGGUCCCCAUUAUCUUUCUCAUUCUUUUUCUCUUUCUUAUUCUCAAUCACAAUCUUCCAUAAAAUAAUAUUACACGCAAAUAAAAAACUUUUCAUUCUUUUUCAACCACACAUUUUUUAAAAAAAAUACUAUUCCAAACAUUAAAAUUUGGAAAGAAUUGGGGCCAAACGGAGGCCAAAUGAAAGAAUUUAAUGAUUUUUGACUGCUAGUAAUAGUUCUUCUGGUAGAUUGAACAUUAGAACAUGAACGUGCAUAACAGAUGUAGAUUGCAUAAUUCUUAUUGUCAUGGAAACUGCUAUGCUAUCUUGAUUGAAUGUAAAUGUUUAUACAAAAACAUGUUUGUAUUGAAACACACCUUUGGUAACUAGUACUUUUCUUUCUUUUCUC